AUGGUUACAUUUGUACAGUUUUAUGACAAAGCUGAGAAAGAUAUUAAAACAGUAUUUCUGUCCAUAGAUAAUUUGCUGGAAGAAUCUGAUUCUGCUAAUGCUCAGACUAUAACACAGAUGAUUGUUAAAACUUUAACAGACUUUGAGCUUGAAAUUGGAAAACUGUCAUCUUUUGUUUCAGAUGGCGCAUCUGUUAUGACUGGCAAGCAAAAUGGGGUUGCAGCCAGACUUAAGAAAGAGGUGAAUCCUAAACUGAUUAGCAUUCACUGCAUUUGUCAUAGGCUAGCUUUAGCUUGUACUGACACAUUAGAAGAUGCAACCUACUUUAAACAAGUUCAGUUGUGGCUAGUUCAGUUGUGGAAAUUAUUUGAAAAUUCUCCUAAAAAGUUAGCUGUGUAUUUCAAAGUCCAAACUGAAAUGAAGUCAUUACUGUUUACAGUAGAUAAAAGUAAGAAUGUAGCUAUGCAUAGGCUGAAAAAAGCUUGUCAGACUAGGUGGCUCUCUUUUAAUAGCUCAGUACAAGCUAUCCUCAAGGAAUAUCCUACUGUGUUGCAGACUCUAAACAAACUGCAAAGCAGUGAUUCAGCUGCACUUGGCUUACUCAUUAAAAUCAGAAGUUUCAAGUUUGUCAGUGCUGUUUAUAUCUUGGCAGAAGUUUUGCCCCAUCUUGAUCAGCUUAGCAAGACCUUUCAGCUAGGAACCAUAGGCCUUUGUCAAGUACUCCCUUCCAUCCAAUACACGAAUGACAAGCUUGAUGAAAUAGCAGACAGCUUGUCCCCAAUUGAAAAACUGUGUAAAGAUCUUGAAACUGAUGGUUGUUUGAGCAUGCUAGAAUUACAACCCUCGGACCAUGACAUUACAGGCAUGAAGUGUCUGUGUAGAAAAUAUAUAGAUGCAUUAAAAAAGAAUAUUGAAGCCAGAUUUGGCAACACUCUGCCCAUUUUGUCAUCUCUGGCUGUCAUUGAUGCAAACAAGGUUCCUGGUAAAAAUGAUCCAGCAUUCAAAAGUUAUGGUGUUAAGGAUAUACAGGUAAUUGCAGAGUACUUUGAUCUUGACAAAGAUGAGCUCACUGCUGAAUGGGGCAAGUUAAAAUAUGACUUGUUAAGGUGGAACUCUGAGGAUGAAGUCAAACCUCAAAAUGAGUGCCUGAAAAGGUUAGUGAGUUUGAACUAUUUCUACCCCAUUCUUAGUGACCUUGCUGAUAUUUUACUGUCACUCCCUGUCUCAAAUGCAUGGCCUGAACGUGGAGCUAGUGCAGUAAAACGAAUUAAAACUAGGCUGAGGUCAAGUCUGAAAAAUGAUAUGCUUCAGGUGCUAAUGAAUGUUAGCAUAAAUGGUCCAGAGGUCUCAAGUAAUGAGUGUGAUGAGGUCUGUAAGGCUUCUGUCAAGCUUUGGUUAUCAAAGAAAAAAAGAAAGAAACUGCCUACAGGUAAAAUUUCUAAAAGCACAGCCACUGCAAGUGUAGUGAAAUGUUUUUCUGAAGCAGAGGUUCAAACUGAUUCAGUGGCUGAAAAUGUCAUUAGCAGGGAAGAAAUUUCUGAUAUUAUUAGAGCAGAGUUGUUGGCUUAUGACAAAUCAUGUAGACUUGAAAUGAAUGAAUCUGAUUCUCAGUCUGAUUAUGAUAGUGAUGACUAA